AUGGCAUUUACGUCUCAAGUGUCUGCCUUUCUUAUUGCCAAUGAAGAAUAUGUUGCACAAUUCGAUAAAGGUCAUUUAGCCUUGCCGCCUACUCGCAAGGUGGCCAUUGUUACAUGUAUGGAUGCUCGCAUUGAUCCAGCGAAGAUUCUUGGAUUGCAAGAGGGGGAUAGUCACGUGAUUCGAAAUGCAGGUGGUCGAGCCGCAGACGCUGUUCGCUCACUCAUUAUCAGCCAGAAAUUACUUGGCACACGUGAGAUUCUCAUCAUUCAUCAUACAGAUUGUGGUAUGGUCACGUUCAAGGAUAGUGAUUUGCAAGAGAAAUUAAAACAAGAAUUUCAUUCAACUGCUGAUCAUAUAGCCUUUCUUUCGAUUGCCAAGCUCGAAGAUUCUGUUCGUGAUGAUGUAGACUUUCUCAAAAAUAACCCAUUGUUAUUCAAAGAUGUGCCCAUCAGCGGCUGGGUCUACGACGUCAAGACGGGAAAAUUGAAUAGAAUUGUUUAG